AUGUAUCUUGCUAUCUCCAUCGCCCUCGGAGCCAUCGCUGGCGUCAUUGCUCACAAUAGCUUUUUCAAGCAUGGCGAGUGGCAUAUGAGUACGCCGAAUAUACUACUAACACACCUGAUUGCCGAAUUUUCCGCCCUGUAUCUGCUAGAAAACCUCCUUGGAAGCUUGGGCGAUGCUCUCAAUUUUGUCGCGAGCGUGACAACUUCGUAUCUCACAGCAUUAUUCACGAGCAUGACUAUAUACCGAAUCUUUUUCCACAAGACGUCGCACUUCCCAGGGCCAAGACUAGCAGCCGUAACAAAAUUCUGGCAUAUAUGGCAUAUCCGAGACAGUACGAAUUAUAUGUUCAUGCAGAAGCUGUAUGAGCGCUACGGAACAUUUGUGCGCACAGGCCCGAACGAAAUUAGCAUUUUCCAUCCAAGCGCGAUUCAACUCCUCGACGGCUGGAUGAAUCAGAACACAAAGGACAUCUGGUACGAUGUCCUCCAGCCUCGCAAUUCCGCCAUCUUCACGCGGGAUGAGCUGGACCACAAGCAUAGGCGAAAAGUAUGGACACAAUCCUUGUCCUCCAAAGCAAUGGACUCCCUUCGACCUCGCCUCGCCGACCAAGCCAUGGCGCUUUCACGCUGUAUCGCGAGUUACAACGGCGCCCCGGUCGACGUCGACGAGGUAAUGUCAUGGUUCUCGUUCGACGCCAUGGGUGAGGUAGUAUUCGGCGAGGACUUCAAUCUCAUGAAUUCGCGCGUCAUGCAUCCAGCAAUCCUCCAUAGAGAUAGAGCACUGGCAAUGCUGGGGCCUAUCGCCGAUGCGAUUUGGAUUGCGAGAAUAGCGUUCUCAUUCAUACCGUUUUAUGGAAGAGUGAAGGAUUGGAUGCAGAUGGUUAAGUUCUGCGAGGAGAGGAUGGACGAGAGGAGAGGCAUGAAUAAAGAGAAAUCGGAUAUGGCUCAAUGGUUUAUUGAGGAAAAUCACAAACUUAGCGAGGUAAGGAGUCCAAAGGAUCGACGCCAUCUGCUCAGCGGUACUGCUGUCUCUGCCGUCGUAGCAGGAAGUGACACAACCCGCGCCUCUCUCAUCGCUAUCUGGUGGUGCCUAUGUAAACACCCUGAGCACGCCGAAAAGAUCCGUUCCGAAAUCAAGGACGUCGACAUUAGCGACGCCAAUGCCCUCGCUACCCUUCCCCAUCUCAACGGAGUCGUGAAGGAGGUUCUGAGGCUCGUGCCACCAGCGAUGACAGGUGGCGGGAGAAUCACAGGACCACAAGGCCUCUGGGUAGAUGGUACAUUCAUUCCUCCGUUCACCAAGGUCACAGCACCAAAAUAUGUCAUUAUGCGGAUGGAAUCUGCAUUCGAGUUACCCAAUGAAUUCAUUCCCGAGAGGUGGUAUUCGCGGCCCGAAUUAGUGAAAGACAAAAACGCAUUUGGGCCAUUCUCUUUCGGCAACCGCCAAUGUGUAGGCAAAGUCCUCGCAUACGCAGAAUUGCGGCUUGUAGCUGCGACGCUACUCAAGCAUUAUAACGUUCGUUUCGCGCCAGGGUAUAACCCAGAUAUCAUGUGGCGUGACAUGAAGGAUCAGGUUACAGCUCAACCGGGACAAGUGCUUUGUAUUUUCGAACCAAGGGAUGGUCAAGAUGUCUAAACGGCACUACGGAUAAGUUAUUACUACGAUAAGGGUAUGUCGCUAUUAUAGAAUUGGUGAUUCAGAGUUCUCAACAGUCAAUCAGUUAGUCCCGGAGGCUACCGGACCUGACUGACUUACUUUUCC